AUGACACGGAAAACUACUGAUAUUAUAACAUCUAUAAACUCAGAAAAUAAGAAACAAGCCGAAGAAAAUAGGAAAAAGUUGAUCUCCAUUGUUGAAACCGUAAUCUUAUGUGGUCGUCAACAAAUAGCUUUAAGGGGUAAAAAUGAAACUGGAAAAAUAAAUUUAACAGAACCCCCCUAUAAUGAUGUCAACUUUCGGACAAUUUGGCGAUUUCGUGCAAGAUCGGGUGAUAUUUUCCUAAAGAAACAUAUUUUAUCCCAAACAUCCGACAGUCGAUCAAUGUUCACGUCGCCAACAAUACAAAACGAAAUUAUUGAUCUAUGUGGCAAUUUUAUUCAAGAAAAAGUUGUCAAUAGAAUAAAAAAUGCUGGGUUUUUCACUAUUCUUGCUGAUGAAACGCAAAAUAUAUCAAGGUACGAACAAUUAGCUUUAUGCAUUCGGUACGUAGACGAUUCUUCUGCAGAUGGUGUUUUCAUCAGAGAAGAUUUCCUUAGAGUUUGUGCAUGUAAAAGAUGUGACAGCUUCAGCAUUGGCCACCACCAUCAUGCAAUGUAUAAUUACUUUUGGAUUAGAUAUGGAGAUGUUAGUAGGCCCAAGAAUAUGAUGGCGUUGCUGUGA